UAUGUUACAUUCCAAAUUUUUAUUGCCUUUGUGGAGCAUUUAGAAGAAAAAACUGAAAUACCGAUGAGGGUCAAGCGAAGUGCAUGUUUCUCACCGCGCAAAUCCUGUUCAAUGAAGCCUGUGAUUGCCAUUGUAUUUUACUUCAACCAUAAAACAUUAUGCAUGUUUAUAUACUCAUUCAACUGUGUGUGUGUGUAAUUGACAGCAAGCAGGAUAUGUCUUUCUAGUGCAUAAAGGUGCCCUUGAACAUAUGCACAUGCGUCGGACAAUCUAUCCCUCCCCAACUCCCAACAGCCGAACAGACCCUGAGGAGUUGUUCACUAAACUAGAGCGUAUCGGGAAGGGCUCGUUCGGCGAGGUGUUCAAAGGCAUCGAUCGCCGCACUCAGAACGUAGUGGCUAUCAAGACCAUCGAUCUUGAGGAGGCAGAAGAUGAAAUCGAAGACAUCCAACAGGAGAUCACCGUACUCAGCCAGUGUGAUAGUCCUCAUGUCACCAAAUACUAUGGCUCUUACUUAAAGGGUAGUAAACUAUGGAUCAUAAUGGAAUAUCUGGGAGGAGGUUCGGCUCUGGACCUGCUGAGAGCCGGACCCUUUGACGAAUGCCAGAUAGCCACCAUGCUGAAGGAGAUUUUGAAAGGUUUGGACUACCUGCACUGUGAGAAGAAAAUCCACAGGGACAUAAAAGCUGCCAACGUGUUGUUGUCUGAGUCUGGUGAGGUGAAGCUGGCAGACUUCGGUGUGGCGGGACAGCUGACAGACACACAGAUCAAAAGAGAGACGUUUGUAGGUACACCGUUCUGGAUGGCUCCGGAGGUCAUCCAGCAGUCUGCCUAUGACUCAAAGGCUGAUAUUUGGUCUCUCGGGAUCACUGCCAUUGAGCUGGCCAAGGGCGAGCCCCCGAACUCAGACAUGCACCCCAUGAGAGUGCUCUUCCACAUCCCCAAGAACACACCACCCACCCUCAACGGAGACUUCUCCAAGACUUUCAGAGAGUUUGUGGACUCCUGUCUCAACAAAGACCCUACAUUUAGGCCAACAGCAAAGGAACUCCUGAAGCACAAAUUCAUCGUUAAAUACGCCAAGAAGACAUCCUACCUCUCCGAGCUCAUUGACCGGCUGAAGCGCUGGAAAGCCGAGGGUCACAGCGAUGGAGAAUCGAGUUCUGACUCCGACUCAGAGCCCAGCAGCAAGGACAGCGACUCGUCUCCUGAGUGGUCCUUCACCACCGUCCGGAAGAAGAAGCCGGAAAAGAAGCAGCCCAAUGGAAUGGACGAAGAACUGCAGAAGAAGUCAGGCAGUUUAACCACCGUCAUGGCUCCUGUUUUUUCAGAGCUAAAAUCGCAGCACAGUGACGAUGACAAGACGAGAGUUCUGGAGCAGCUGGAGAAGAGCCUGCAUGUGGCUGAAGACAUCUGUCCUGGUGUCACAGACCGGAUGAUCAGCCACAUCCUGGAGAGGGUGCAGAGGUUCUCUAUGAGUUAGUGCUGCGUUGAGAAACGCCGCCCUUCUGCUGUCAGCCCUGAUGACUGCACCUUAACACACUCACACAUGUACAGAGACAGGAGGGACGCGGGGUCGCACACACACUAUCUUAUCAUAACCAAAAGGAAUUCUUUUUUUUUUUUUGUCCCAAAGAAUGGAAAUAUAUAUAAAUAUAGUGUGUGUUCAACUGUAUUUAUACAAUUUUGCCACAUGCUUUUAUAUUAGUCUUCUGCUGGUGCCCAAGGAUGUGUGUUACUGUUAUUUUAUUCCACAUUUUACUUUAAAAGACACAAAAUAUAUUUACCAGUCGAGUAGAUCUGCUCUACAGCUCAUUAGGCAAAUCUUUUGGAUAGCAUAUAUUUAUGUAUUUGAUGUCCCAAUCCAUGACUUUAUUUUAAACUAUGAUCAAUAAUAUAUACGUUUGGGAGAUAAACAGUUUAUUUUCGUUCAUCUUGGUUUGGGAUUUCUUUUGUUUCUCUCGACACACUGUUAACUGUAGCAUUACAGAACUGCUGUAUGGGAUUACAUGCAUAUCAUAUCAGUCAAAAUGAAUAGAAAUACCUCAUUUAAGCAAUCAAAAAAAAAAAUAGACCGCUCCUGGUUAAUGAAGAUUGAUCAAAUUGAAACUGCUAGGAAAAUGAGAGGAAUUUUGCUGUGCAAAAUCUACCUCCACUUCUGGCCCAUUACAAUAGAGAAUUUCAGUUUUAUUCUUUUCUCUUUUGUAGUUUGACGUUUUUUUUAAUUGGCAAGAUAAUUCGUCUUAAAUCUCUAGACCUUUUUGUACACAGGACUGUAGUGAAAUACUUUGCCCUUUAUUUCUCAGUAACGCCCUCUUUUUACAGUGUCUUGGUUUUUUUUUUUUUUUUUUGCGCUAAUAUUUUUAUACAAGGGUAGAAUUAUACUGUAUUUUUGAAGGAAAUAUGCACUUGCGCACACUUUGUAUGGGGUGGGCCUGUUUUGUGUUUUAAUUUCAGAGCUCUCUUGCUCCAAAGACAUUCCACUUACUCUGCGUAGCCUGCUUCUGUAAGCGAUGGGGGGGGUUUCUACACAAACAUGCAUUUAAGCUCCCGAAAUGACAGCAAGUGAUUCGAGUCCACGCUAGGCAGCAGUAUAGAAUUCAAGCUUGCUUUCAUGUAAUCUCCUGUGAUGAGGGAUUUUUUAUUUUGUUUGCCACGCUUGUAAAGAAACAGGAGGGUGCCAUUGCUGGUGUGGUGGUCAUAUGUCAUAUUUGCUCCUGUUGGCUUGGAGAGACUGUGCCAACGUUGCAUCCCAUUGUGCCUAAAACGCCUUUUUUUUAAUGUAUAUGAUGUUAUUGUCUUCUCCAACAGCUUUAAAACGAAGUUUCACACAUGUUGUUGUUGUUGCCAGACUGCUGGAAGAUUUUAGAGCAAUAAAGGUGUUUAGUGGAUUUGUAUAUUUCUUUAUAGAAAAGUAGAUGCAGAAGCUAUAGGUUUUGUACAUUUCUUCACCAGAGCUUUUGUAAAUUUAAGACGCCAGACGGAAAUCUUUCUAGGUUGUAUCAUAUAGAUGCUGUUCUCUUCAUUUUUGGACUUUAACUGUUACAGAUACGUUUUUUGUUUGGUGUGGCAAAUAAAGAUUUAAAUUAUGACA